AUGAUCACCUCCCGUUUUGUACGCUCGUUUUUGUACUCGCACCUGUUUGUCACACCCCCGAAUAUCGCCCAUGACUUUUCAGGGCAGACCAUCAUUGUUACCGGGUCUAAUGUUGGUUUGGGGUUGGAAGCUGCCCGGAAGUUCGCACAGCAGGGAUGCAGCAAGCUCAUUCUAGCUGUGAGAACUGUAUCCAAGGGUGAGGCUGCCAAAGAGUCGAUUCAAAGCAGCACGGGACGCAAAGAUGACUUCAUGGAAGUAUGGCCGCUGGACAUGACCAGCACCAAUUCGAUCAGAAGUUUUGUGAGGCGCGCGGAUGGACUCGAACGCGUUGACGUUCUUUUGGAGAACGCCGGCAUCGCGCUGACCUAUUGGGCCGAAUAUGAGGGCAUGGAGCAGGACAUCAAGGUCAAUGUGGUUUCAACGCUGCUUCUAGCAUUGCUGAUGCUGCCCAAGCUUCGGGAUACGGCAGCAACAUACGGCAACACUCCUCAUUUAGAAAUUGUGACUUCUGAAUCCCACAAGACCACGACCUAUUCGGAAGUCAACGAAGAUGACAUAUACGCCAAAUUGGCUGACAAGGCCCAUUUCAUGGAAGGUGGCAAUCGAUUUGAUCGAUAUGCUGUAUCGAAGCUUAUGCAAAUACUGUUCGUACAAGAACUGGUCAAGCACAUGAUCGGUGGACCUGUUAUUACACUCGUGACGCCAGGCCUCACUCACACGGAGCUCGCAAACCGUACGCCCAGCAGAUUCGAAUAUUGGGCCGCACAGGUUUUGAAAUUGUUCUUUGCACGCACAGUGGAGGUGGGUGCACGUACUUUGAUUGCUGGUGCAUGCGCUGGUCCGGACAGUCACGGCAAGUAUAUGGAGGAUGGCAAGAAUUGCGAGCCAGAUAUAAUGUGUCACGAGGCCGAACUGGAGGCGAACCAGCGGAAGACAUACGUGCAAACACUGGCCUACCUGGAACAGCUUGAGCCUGGGAUCAGCAAGAACAUAGCAACAACAUCAGAAUGA